UAGAGUCUACGAUAGCUGUAAUUAAACAAUUGUAGUUGUUCAAUCCGAUUGUAAUUGUUCGAGAUUGGUGAUAGUGAGCUUUGGCUCGAGCCGACAGUCCGUCGCCUAACGUAGCCGCGGUCAAGGGAUGAACGCUUUGUCUAACAAAGCUCGUCACACGCAGACCCUAUUCUUCGAGUAAGAUGAUUGCCAGAUGUCGAUGCGUCUCCGCAGUACAUGUUCAGCUAGCCUGAGGGCCCGUUAUAAAUCUUAAGAUUCAGCUAACUAAAGUCCUUCAAACAAACAAUAUUUGUCCCAACUACGAGAAGAUAGAGGAGACCUAUUUUUCAACGAACGACUCGUUAAAUCGUUACGAUUUUACGCUCGGGAAAUUUUCGACGAACAUUAUUAUAGACAAUGAGUCGUACUGUAUAACCAUACACGUAGUUCCAGACACAGUGAUGCAACAUUCGCUUAUUAUUGGCGCAGACUUUUUGGACACUGUUGAAAUAAGUAUAAAAGGGGGAGAAUCUUUUAUUAGUAGAAUAAAGGACGAAAAUCCCGAUGAGUGUCCGGAAGUCCUCAAGAUAGAUGUAGAGACACAGGCGAGUGAGAUAGAUUUGUCACACGUUAAGGACAUGCAACAUAGUCAGGACAGUGAUGAAGGACGACGAUUUCGUUUUGAAGCCACCCGUAAAGAUAAUGUGCAAGUAGAUGUAAAAUCAGGAAAGUCAGAACAGGAAUUUUGCUAUAGUGAUAUAGAAUACAAAGAAAAAAAAGACAAAUCUAAACAUGAUUGUAAUAGAGAACAUAGAUUUUCAAAAGAAUUAAACAUUGAUAAUAAAGACCUCAAAUAUUCUACUAAAUACACAAAACAUUCUGUCGAGUCAAGAAACUCAAGACGCGAAGAUAAUAAAGAUUAUAAAAGUGUAAGAGAUGUCAGUUCUUCGUUAUCCUCAAAGCAUAAAACAAAAGACCCAAAACGACACAAAAAUCGAGAUCGAAACGAACAUCGAAGCGACAGAUCUCAAGAACGAUGUCGUAGCAGAAAUGAAAAUGAUAGAUCUCAAAAUGACAAGCAUAGAAGUAAAUCUAACGAAAAGUAUAAGCAUCAUAUUUGCGAUAAAAGUCGUGAUAAAAGUUAUCAAUCAUAUAAAGUAAGAUCUGAAGAUCACGGUAAGUUUCGAGGAGAGUCUGAAAGAUAUAUACAUAAAAGGAUGCAGAGGGGUCCCGUGCUAAAGCUGCAUCCGAAAUUUCUUGGACCGUAUCGGGUGAUAAAAGUCCUGCGAAAUGACCGAUACAUAGUGCAGCGAGAGGGGGAGCACGAAGGGCCACGUACAACUUCCACGGCAGCCGAUCACAUGGAAUGGUGGAAUGCUGACGAUAGUGAUGUAAGUGCGAGCGGCGAUGAUGAGCACAUCUGAGGGCAGAUGUGAUUGUCAGGAAAGGCCGAUUGUAAUAUCGUAGAAUAGCUUUGAUUGGAGAUCGGCUGAAAUUAGAAAACACCGUGUACGCCGUCUUUUUGUGGUUUGUUUACAUCCAAGAGCGCCUAGUAACAGUGACGCGAGAAAAGAUAAGCAGCGUCAAAACAGAAGUACGGUUACAUAUUUCAAGGAGUGGCAAUCGAGAGGCCAGAGUAUGUGAGCCGAAAAGUAUGUGUGUGUGUGUGAGAGGACGAGAGCAAGAGCGAGCACGACCGAGCAGGAAUGUAUUGGCGAAGAUCAGAGUUGAUCGAGACGUCGAAGCAUAGAGUCGUUAGAAUUGAGUUGCGAGUGUUGUCGAGUGUUAGAGUUGCUAGUGAGAGAGAGAGAGAGAGAGAGAGAGAGAGUUACCAAAUAGUUGUCAAGUUAUUUGUUGUAAAUACGAGCGUUGCAUUUAGUUUUCCUGUUAAUCAAACAUCGUUUCUCUGUCUAACUAAUAUCUGUAUUUUCAAUCCAUUAUUAAUAAAUUAUAAUUAAUCGGACAAAAUUACACCUUUAAUAUAUUCCGAUAUUACAAGUGGGUACACUUGAUAUAUAUACACAUAUUACACAUAUUACAAGAUAUAUACAUAUACACAUAUUACAUAUACACAUAUUACAUAUUACAGAUAUAUACACAUAUUACAAGAGCGUAAAAGUCUCUCACU